AGCAGCGGCAGUGACAGGAGAAUCAGUAGCGCACAGUUUCACUCUUCACUCGCGGCUCUUUGCGGGAAACUUAUUUUAAACACAUGUCUAGUCUUUAACGACUUAAGACGACUUAGUGAGCAGUUAAAGUAACAUCAUAGACGUAAAUAAACAUUUCGCUUUUUUAAUACUAACAAGUUUAGGAAUAAUCUAUUCAUUAAAAUAAAGAAAAGGACGACUGGGAUUUGUUGCGUUAAAGCGGCGAUCAUUUUCCUGUAAUUUUUCUUGUAAUGUUAGUAAAGUUCUCCAGGUAGUGUAUAGAUUAUAAAGAAGACAGACAGCGACUAAACAGUUGCUGUAAAGUGAGUAAAAACGGCAUUAAUAGACAGGUGACUGCGGCUCAAAGCUGUCGGAGGACAUGGACUCUACAAAGGCUGGUGGAGUAAUAGCAUACAUUAGCUCCUCAAGCUCGGCCUCCAGUCCAGAGUCAUGUCACAGUGACUCCUCCAACAGCAGCUAUCAGUCCUGCUCCCCGCCUCACAGAGCCUCACCCAGUCAUCGCCAGGGCCAACAGAGCGAGCCCCUUCCUGUGGCCCCUCAUGCCCGCCCACCCAGGCAUGGUGGAGGGAAGGCACGAUCACCAUCCUCAGCCAAAAGUGGAAUUACUAAGAUUAAUGGUCUGGUGCUGCUAUGUAAAGUGUGUGGAGAUGUGGCUUCGGGAUUUCACUACGGCGUUCACGCCUGUGAGGGAUGUAAGGGUUUCUUCAGGAGGAGCAUUCAGCAGAACAUUCAGUAUAAGAAGUGCCUUAAGAACGAAAGCUGUCCCAUCAUGCGCGUCAACAGGAACCGAUGCCAGCAGUGCCGUUUUAAGAAGUGUCUGCUCGUGGGCAUGUCCAGAGAUGCUGUCCGCUUCGGCCGGAUUCCCAAACGCGAGAAGCAGAGGAUGCUGCUUGAGAUGCAGAAUGCCAUGAACAACAUGAUGAAUAACAGCAAUGGCAACCAGCCCCUGUCUGUUUGCAACCAGACUCCUCCUCCGGACAGCGGCUCCGGACCCUCCUCUCGCUCUCCAUCCGCUUCCCCCAGGAGCAACCGAUCCGAAUCCAGUCCUGCCCCAGAGCUGCUGGUCACUAUGGAUACCAGCAUGAGCUCAGAUUCUUCCAGUGCCACCGACAGCGGGGAGGAGGAGGUCAUUGGCACCGUCACCAGGGCACACCAGGAGACAUUCAUGUACAAUCAGGAGCAGGGCAAUGUGCCUUCAGAGGCCCCUAAAAACUACAGCCAUCACACAGAGGAGAGACAAGAGGUUUGGAACCAUCAGAUCAAUGCAUCCUCGGUGACCAAUCAGAAGCCUCUAUCAGGCUCUGUUGCACAAGACUCCAGCCACGAAUGUAGUACUCUGAGCGGCUGCCCUGUCCGAGUGGCCAACAGCUGCCCCGCCGGGCCAUCCCUACACAAUCUCUCUAUGAGAGCUCAGAAUGACCCGCAUGCCAACGGCAGCUAUAGUGUCCCGGCGAUGCACAUUUCCCGAUGUGCUAGUGGAAACAGGACGCACCUGGUUUGUCCCAUGAAUACAUCACCCUACGUGGACCCUCAGAAGGCAGGUCACAGUAUUUGGGAGGAGUUUUCCAUGAGUUUCACCCCAGCUGUCAGGGAGGUGGUGGAGUUCGCGAAACGCAUUCCUGGAUUCAAAGAUCUAUCCCAGCAUGACCAGGUCAGCCUGCUGAAGGCCGGCACCUUUGAGGUGCUGGUGGUGCGUUUUACAUCCCUGUUUAAUGUGAAGGAGCGCUCGGUCACGUUUCUGAGUGGCAGAAAGUAUAGCGUAGAGGCUCUGCGGUCUAUGGGUGCUGGAGACCUCCUCAACUCAAUGUUUGACUUCACUGAGAAACUACAAGCUCUGAACCUUAGCGAGGAGGAGAUGAGUCUUUUCACAGCCGUAGUGCUUGUGUCAGCAGAUCGUUCCGGUCUUGAAAGCGUUAACUCGGUUGAGGCGCUACAGGAAACUCUCAUUCGAGCUCUACGCACCUUGAUCACCAAGAACCACCCCAAUGAGAUCGCCAUCUUCACCAAACUGCUCCUCAAACUGCCUGACCUGCGCUCUCUCAACAACAUGCACUCCGAGCAGCUCCUGGCCUUCAAGGUCCAACCAUGACCACCCACCCGCUGCCCCCAUAAACUGUGGACCACGCUCCCCCUCCGAUUCCAGAACCUGUCUGCCUCUGCAGUCCGCUCGGCCGGGGAAAAGCUUUUUUUAAGUCAACUUGACUUGAGAAUUUCAAAGUGAAAUCCAGUGGACUGAUGAAGGUCUGUGGAGGAAGGAGGGGAGGGCAGAAACGUAAAAAGUUAUUGUACUGUAAAACGAUAUCGCCGCCUCUGUUUGUUCUAAUACACACAAACUCAAAGGUUUCGUUGUAGAUGCUUACGAGAGUUUGUAAGGUUACGAGGUCUGUGUGUUUGCAGAGGCAACUUGAAUUUGUUUGUAGAUUUAUGCCGUCUGUGCAAUAAGUGACACGUUCACUGUUUUUGGAUUGUUAGUUUUUUGGUCUGUUAAUCGUUUCAGAAAUUGGCUGUGUACCUGUGGCCAUAUGAAAGCUGGGUGGUUUUGCUGAGCCGAUGAUGGGAUUUUUCCCAAACACAGCUGGACAUCCAUUAUAAUUUAUAACUAAAAAUGGAGGAAUGUGGAACAAGCUGCUAAUCAAAGCUUU